GGAACAAAAAUCAGUUGGAACAUUUGGAACAAACAUUUCUUGGAGAAAAAUAUAAUUUAAGCAUUUUGCCAAGUAUUAUUCUAUUCUGUGAUAAUGUCCUCUUGUAUUUUUUUUUUGAACGUAUAACCUAAUGAAAAUUAAAAACUGUGGCUCCUACAUAAUUUGGAUAAUGACUACUACAAUCUACAGUCUGCAGGUAGUCUGUUAGUAUACAAAAGUGUGUAAUCGGAAUGAGUGCAUCAGCUUUAAUGUUCAAGCCAGCAGCCGGUCCAGUAGUAUUUUCAUGUUUAAUAAUAUGUUGCCUGUGAUUCAGUCCCCUCUACUGUCAUCCGUUAAGGUGUUGUUAACACACUUUUAAAAAGCGCAAUACGCGUUCUUCAUCUGCCGUUUUGUUUCCCUCCAAUUUAUAAGCCGCCCUUUAGAAUAAAGAACAACCCUCUUGCCUCUUUAUUUUUAAUAGUUAUACUAUUUCGUGUAUGCGGUUUAAAAUAUUAUUUCAUUUAAAAGAUUUUUGAUUUAUCAUCAUUAUGAGUUUAAAACAUGUACUAUAGUGUUUUUUUUUAUAAUUCUUUUUCUUGAAAUAAAUAAUUUUGUUAUUAUAAUAAAAAAAUCGUAACCAUCCAUCUUGUUAGUAAAUACCUAUCGAGUACUGUACUGACUCCAUGUGUAUGAUAAAAUUAUAACUUUAAUACCAACUUUCAAUUGUUUACUAUUAACUACUUGGGUAAGUAACUAUUAUUAAUUAUCCUGGGGUUCAUGGUUUUAAACAUUUUACUCUAGUGUACCUACUGGUUAAUUUUUAUCUUAAUUUAAUAUAGGUACCUACCUAAUUUAAAUUUCAGAUUGUACCAAAUUGUAACUAAUAUUGAAAUCCAGUUAUUGGAAUAUUAUGAUGGAUCACAAUAGACAGAGUGGGGCAAAAUACAAAUUAAAUGCCGAAGAUAUAGGUAAAAUAUAAAUAAUCAAUUUACCUAGUCAUUAUGUUUCUGGAUUCAUUACGGAUCUAGAAGUGACAAUCUAAAACACUCUCCUGGUGCCAGUCAUUGGUGGUUGGGGAUGCAAAUUAUAUUUAAGAGGUGUAGGUGUACCUAAGGUGCAAUGGAACUAUGUAAUUUAUUUACUCCAACAAUUUAAGGCACAUUUUGGAUACGCAAUUUGUAUAGUAUGGCCCAAUUAGCCAUUAUGAGGUCCAUCCAUAGUAUCUAAAUAUAAAAUAUACAAUAUGAUAAUUUAAAUUAGAAAAUUCUUAUAAUUGUAUUAAUACACCGUUUAAUUAUUGGGCAAAAACAUUAUUAAAUAGGUUUGUAUUACCUACCUUUAAUUUUUGUAUAGACAAAGAGGUAAUUAUAUUAAAUUGUUUACCUAGUAAAAUCUAAUACAAUCAAAAAUUUAAAUUUUAAAAAACAGUUUGACAUAAAAAAUAAUAAUAUCUAACUGUUGAAAUUGUUGAAAAAAAAAAUUGCUUGUUUAUUAUUUUACUAAUUUACUAAUGCUUAUUAAUUUUAUGUUUAGACAAGUUUUAUUUACAAUAAAUUGUGUGUGUUAACUCAUUUAUUAUAAAAUAAAACUUCUCAAGUCAAACAUUAAUAGUAGGUAGUAAACAGAAUUAUUUCUAAACAAAUUUAAAUUUGGCACCUACUAAGAUAUCAUUAAUUUUUCUGUAAAUUUGGCUGCUUUUCACAUUGUAUGCUUUAAGUGUUUGGUAUGAUAUUACUACUUUUUGUAAUGUUAUACAUUUGUUUUCUGCCUAUCUCACAUUUAAUAUAGAAACAGACAUUCUUCCACAAAAGUAACUUGGGUUGAAUGUAAGACAAAGAAACCUAUUAUACAUUUUAUAAAUAAGCAAGUAUUUACUUGAGCUUAAUACAUUUUUUUUUUUUUAAUAUUUUCAUUUUUAUCAAGAUGUAUGUGUUUUAAUUUAACUUAAUUUUAACUAUAUAUAAUUAAUUAGGAAAUUCAAAUGUUUUAAAAAUCAUUCAAACAAGUUUAAGUAAAUUAUUUUCUUCAUAAAAAGUUCCCUAAUCUUAAGUCGCAAUUUUGAUUUUUUGUUAGAAAAAGUAUAUACACUUUACAAAAUUGUUUAAUGUGUACACAUUUAAAUAUAAAUGUUAUGUUGUAUAAUUAUUUAUUUCAAACAACUAUUUUUAUUUGUUCACUCAAUUUUAGUGCAUAGUUAUAGAAUUCAAAUUAUUUUAUUUUAUGUAAAAUAUUUGAUUUUUAAUUCAUCGGUAUUAAUUUAAUGAACACUUGAUAAUCUUGUUUUUAAAUCAUAGAAGCACGCAUAACAAAGAAACCAAUGAAACAAAACAAUGAACCAAUUAUUGUAAGUGAAUUUGAUGAGAAGAGUACAAAUACUACAAAAAAUGAAACAUGUAUAUCAGGUAAGAACUUUAAAGGUAUAUUUAUAUACAGCAGUCGUGUGACAGUGACAUAAGUGUUCCAAGAUUCCAUCAGCCAUGAUUUCUCUGUGUUUUAUCUGAUACUAGGUAUAAUGAAUUAAAACUAAAGAAUAAAAUAAUAAAUUAAAAACAAAAUUACUAAAAUGGUUAAUACUCAUAAAUAAAUUUAUAAAUAAAAAAAUACAAAUAAAGAAUGAAUAUGUUGCCUGGAGUAUUAUGAUAAGUGUAUUAUACGACCGGUCUCAAAAGUUUUACAUUUUAACUGUGACAUACCUGAUGAUGAAUUUUUAAUCCAAAACCUGUCGUAUAAUACACUUAUCAUAAUACUCCAGGUGACACAUUUAUUCAUUUAUUUUUUAUUUUUGUUUUUAAAUUUUUAUUUACAUAUUUAUUUAUUAUAUUUAAAACUAAAAUUGAGAAAAGUUAAUACCAAACUAAAAAUUACGUGAAAUAUAAAAUAGUGACAGUACAAUGACGCCAACAGCACUGCUUGUAAUCGUACAAUACUAGAUAAGUGAGAAGAACAAGUUUAUCAUUCCUUUAAGAAUAUUAUUAACCACACACAGGGGGAAUCCUGAACGGUCGUGUCACUGCUGUGUAUAAAUGAAAUUCAUGUAUAAAAACAAAAAUAAUAAAUAUUGUAGUGUGAAAAACUAAAAACAUUUUUCUAUGGUUUGUAGUAUAUGUAAGAUUAAGAGUAGUUAAAAAAAAAAAAUGUUAAUAGUUCAUUAAUUUGUUUGAUUUAAUCUCAUUUUAAAUCUAAAAAAAAUAAUAGUAUUAAAUUUCAUUUUGGAUAUUCAAAUUUAUUUUUUCUAGUACAACUUUAUUUUGUUUCUCUGUAUCCAUUGAUAAAUAAUUCGUAGAAUUACCAGGUUCAGAUAUAUAUUUUUUUUGCAUAGAAAAAUAUUUCUUUAGGUAAAAAUAAUUUAUUGUUAUAAUUAUAUAAAGAUUAAGAAACAGUGAAUAUGUAAUAAUGUAAUAAUCACUACUUUGCAUUAUUUAUCCUAGUGCUAUACAUUAGAAUUGUUUAUUUUUUUUUAUAAUUUAUCACUUAAAAUUUGAAUGUGUUUAAUUUUCUUUAGAAGAUGGUAUCAUUUCAGAAACUGUGUUAUUGGGAGAAGUUCAUUCAAAGAAAUUAGAUAACUCUGAACAAGUGUCAACGGUAAAUAAUUUAACUUCUUAUUUAUAAAAUAUAAUAGUAGGUUCAUAAACUAUAAAUUUAAAUUUAAAAAUUUCUUGAUACAGUUUAAUACAAUCAUCUAACAUAAUAUUUUUCACGAAACUUCCCUAUGUUUGACUUUUUAUGUAUUAAUAUUAAGCCUAUUAAAAUAUAAACUAAUUGGUUUUCUAAAUUUAAAUUAAUAAAAAAUUCUCGUUUGUUUUCAUGUCAUGGAUAUCAAUACGGAUAAAAUAUUUGAAAAUACUGGUUAUCUACAAUUUAUAAUUGUUUUUGUGAUUUAUUAGUUAAAUGAUUUGGAUGAAGAAACAAGGAAAUUGCGAUAUUUAAAUUUGCUUGAACUUCUAAAUAAAAGUUCAAAAAUAACUCAAAUGUUUGAAAGUAGAUUAGAGAAAUGUAAAGAGCAAAUUAUUAAGUAAGUAAUUUAAUCACAUUAAAUUAGUAUAAUAAAAUAAAUUUUAGCUAACUCAACAAUUUUAAAUAGUAUACCUAUUAGUAUUAUAUUAUUACUACUUUAGUAAUGUUAUUUAUAGUUUGUUUUACUCCAACUGUAGCACAAAAUAUUAGAGAUGUGACAAAUUGUUCAAUUUUUGAACUGCAAAUUGUAACAUUACAAUUAUUAUAAUUAAAUAUAUACCUUUAUAAUAACAAAUAAUACAAUUGCACAUGAAUAGGUAUAGUCACAUGUAUCGUAAAAUUAAUGAAUUGAAAAAUAUUUACGAAAUGUGGAUUGUAUAGAAAGCAACUGCUUAAAAUAUGCAUCAACUGUCAGUUGUAGAACUCCCGAAUACGAAAAAAAUGAUCACAGUUCACUUUUCGCUGGCUGUUUUAUAAUAAUUAAGAGAUAUAAAUUGCCUAUUAAAAGUUUAAACAGUUCUAUAUUUAUAUAAUUGAAAACAAAAAUUGUUUUUAUUUAAUACUGAAAAUAAGUAAUUUUUUUUUUGUCUAUAAAUUUAAUGCAUUGAGAAAUUAUUAAGAUGAUUGCAUUAGAAGUUUUUAAAUGUUAUAGUUUUAUUUUAUUUAAUGUUAUGUAGACAAGAAAUGAAACAGAAAGAAAAUACUAUAACACAAAGUGUAAAUAAUCAAUCAACUAAUGUAAGUGAUGUAAUUACGUACUAUUUUUAAACUGGAAUGUUAUAUUAAUGUAAUACAAUAUACAUAAUUAUAUUAAAUAUUAACUGUUAACAUUUAGGAUUCAAAAUUAAAAGAUAACUAUUAUUUAAAUUUAUUUCAACAACCACAAUUAUUGAAUGGACAACUUAAAACUCAUCAGAUUGAAGGUCUUUUGUGGAUUCGAGUAUGUAUUAAAUUAAUUUAAUAUAAAAAGAUAUUUUGUAUUGUAAUUUUCCAUUUAAAUCUGUCAACAUUUUGAAUGGAAAGAAAAAAAACUAUUAAGUUGUAUAAUUUAUACAUUCCUUGUUGUGAAUUCAAAUUUAUUUUUUAGACUUUAUAUGAAAACGGUAUGAAUGGUAUCCUAGCUGAUGAUAUGGGACUUGGUAAAACUAUACAAGCAAUAGCUUUCUUCUGUUUUCUAAUAGAAAUGGGCAUAACUGGCCCAUUUAUGGUAAUUGCACCACUUUCUACAAUUCCAAAUUGGCUAACAGAGUUUGCUAAAUUUGCCCCUCAGGUAAGUAACCGAUUUUAAAAUCAUUAAUGUUUUUAAGAUUUGUAUUUUUGUUUUAGUUGCAUGCACUUUUGUAUCAUGGUGACAAAAAAGAACGAGAAAAAAUUCGAUCAGAGUUUGGAAAAAUGCACAAUGUAAACGAUAAAUAUUGCUAUUCUAUUAUAAUUACUUCUUAUGAAGUUAUACGAUUUGAUAUAAAAUAUUUGAAAAAAAUUGAAUGGAAAUUUAUUAUAAUAGAUGAAGGACAUAAGCUUAAAAAUGUUGAUUCUGAUAUCUCUCGGUUAGUAAUAUUUGUAUUUUUGAAUUUAACUUAUGAAAAGUAUAAUGAUAAAUAUUUUAUAAAAUUCAGGGCUAUGCGUCAAUUAAAAUGUACUAAUAAAUUAAUACUUACUGGAACACCCAUUCAGAAUAAUAUGACUGAAUUAUGGUGUUUGUUAAAUUUAUUAAUGCCAUUUUUGUUCAAUAAGUUAGAAGAUUUCAACUCGUGGCUUAAAAUUGAUGAUUUCUUUUGUUCUAAUGAUGAAAUUGUGGUUUUAGUGAAAAAAGAUGAAAUAUUGGACACGAUACUGAAGGUAGGUCAACUAAGUGUUAUAUUUUGUGUAUAAAUAUUAUUAUGACGUUUGUAGAUGAUAUAGCUAUUAUAAGAAAAAAUCUGGAAUAAGUUGACAAUAGACUCGAAGAAUGGAGAGUAUCACUUAAAAGAUAGGGACUAUAGAUAAAAGUAUGAGUUUGGAGGAACAGAAAAAGAAAAAUAAUAACAAUAAGCAGUGAUAUAAAUAGGCGAGGUUGACAGUUUAAAGUUCCUAGAACCUCUUGGAUAAAAUAAAUAAUGUUGGUUUUCAUGAGAUUGUGAAACUGUGUAGUUGGAUAAAGUGGAAAAAGCGUCCAGUGUUUUAUGUGACAAAAGAAUUUCAAUGAGACUUAAAGUUAAAUUCUAACAAAAGCGUGUUGAGACUGACUAUGUUGUAUGGUCUGAAGUGUUAGGCGGUAGACACAUAAAUAAGUGUAACAGAGAUGAGAAUGCUUAAGGGAAUGAGUGGAGUGUCGAGACAAGAUAUAUAGGAUAAGGAACGAGGGUAUUAGAGGUGACUUUGAUAGUAGAAAAUUAUUUUGCUCAAAAUUCUUGGGCCAUUAAAUCAACUUUUUAUUCUUAUAAAUAAAUAAAAAUAUCUUCCAACUACUAUAGUAAAUAUAUUUAAGUAAGAGAUAAAAAUAUUUACAACUUUCUUAUACUUUACUCUAUAUGUGAUAUAUUUUCACGUAUAAAUAGAAUGCUAUACAACUAUAUUUGUAUUACUUUAUCAUGAUAAUAGCUAAUCUUCCAAUAUUUAAUUUUUUUAUGUUUUACUUUUUAGAUAUUAAAGCCCUUUAUUUUAAGACGAGAAAAGAAAGACACUGAUCUAAAAUUACCACCAAAGAAAGAAAUAAUUGUGUAUGCUCCAAUUACUAAAAUGCAAAAAAAAUUAUAUCAAGCGACAUUGAAUCAUCAAUUGGAAAUAUUAGAAAAAAAGGAAAAAGUAAUUUGUUUUUUCUUUUAAAAAAUAUAUAAUUAUUAACCUUUAAGGAAUUUGAUUCAUUAAGAAUCUGACAUUUAAAAAUAAUAAUAGCCAUAAAAUUAUUAUAAGUAUUAUUUUCAGAAUAUUGAUAUUAUAAAUGGAAUUACUCCUAAAAGAAGCUGUGUACAACGCAUAGUAAAAUAUACUUAUAACAAUGCUAUUAGAACUGAACCAAUAAAACAAGAGUAAGUAUUCAAAAAUGAUAUAGUUUUAAAAAAGAAUAAUCAUAGUUCAGAAGAAAAAAAAAAGAGAAUUAUUAACGAGUGAUGAAAGGGUUGACUUUUUUUGGUGUUUUGAAACCUUGCUAACAUUUUGAUUAACAGACAUAGUCUUAAUUUGAGAAUGUUCACUAUGAUAAUAAUGCUCAUUAUUCAAUAAACGUAAUUUAGUUAAUCUUAUAAUCACAAUAGUAACAGAAAUUUUCAGACAUUGUAUACAGUAAUAAACAUAAUUGUAUAAAUAUUAUUACUGCCAUUAUGUAAACUAUGUGUAUAUUUUUAAUAAUUUUAGGGUUGAUAAUCCAAAUAUGGCCAUCUCCUUAGUUAUGAACACACCACAUGUUCAAUUGAAAAAAAUUGCCAAUCAUCCAUAUCUUAUUCACAUGCCUUUAAUUCCAGGAAAAAACGAAAUUCGUGUUAAUUAUAACAUUGUAAAAGUUAGUGGAAAAUUUCAAGUUUUGGAUGCUAUGCUCCCAAAACUAAAAUCACGGGGCCAUAAGGUAAUAUAUAAAAUAAGUUAUUUUUAGUAAUAAAUAACCGUAUAUUAUUUAGGUGCUAUUAUAAUUUUAUUUUAACAUUUAUAAUUAUAGUCUUCUCCUUUGCCUUCAUUUCAACUAUUUGAGGUCGGUAACUCGUUCUAAACUUCACCAUCUCAGUCUAUUUUGUCUACUAUCAAAGCCACACCAAAGCUACUUUUUAUCUACUCAUCUCUGAUCUUAUAUUCUUAUCUUCUUUUUAUAUUAUCCUCUCCACUCAUCCUAAUUUAACCUAAUGCUUAGCAUUUUCAUCUCUGCCUAAUACUCUGAAACAUAUAACAUAGUCUCAUCACAUUUUUAUAAAACUCAAUUCCAAGUCACAUUGAAAUUCUCUUAUCAAACAAAACAUCUAAUACUACUCUUCACUUUAUCUAACCACGUUUGUAUGCAUCAUGUUCUCAUGAAAACCACUAUUAUUUUGUACAAUAGAUAAAAUGCUUAAAAUUCUCAACCUCGUCUAUUACCCCUUAUAGUUAGUCACUUUCCUUUAAGAGUGUUAUUCUAAAUUCAUCAAGCUAUUAAUUAUUCCGUCAUAUUACUUAUGAAUUAAGCUUUAAGCUACUAAAUAAUAUUUACUUAUAAUUAAGCUGGAAUAUUUGGCUUAUUACUUUGUGGCAAUUAGUAGCACUAACUAUUCAUAUCGAAAAUGGUUAUAAUUGGUAUGUUAAAACUACAAUAAUAUUCAAUGACUUAAAAUCUGUUAACAAUAUUGUCGGAGACAAGGGCUUCCAUAUGAAAUAUUACUAAAACUACUUAACAGAUUUUUUUCUGUAUAAUUAUGAAAAUAUGAAACCAAAAUUUGCAUAUAAAUUGAUAUAGUUAUUUCCAAACUGUAUAAUGGACGUUAUUUACAUGUUAACAUCUAACAAAAAAUAUUGAACUUGUAACAAUACAAGUUACAUAUAACUGCAUAGUUUGUUAUAACAUUGAACAUGUUGAAAUUUGUACCCGAAAAUUACGAACUUUGAGUGGUUUAAAAAUUUAAAUGAGGCGAUUUUGACGUGAGAAAUAAAGAAAACGGAAGACCAACGAAAAAUUUUGAUAAAAGACAAUGUGCUGUAUUUGGUGUGAUCUAUUGAUCUAUUAUGAGUUACUAAAACCUAGUGAAAAUUUUAAUACUCAACGCUACUGACAAAAAAAGAUUGAUUUAAAUCAAGCUUUGCGUGACCUAAAUAUUUAAAACAAAAACAAGUUAUUUUGAUUCAUGAUAAUGCCUCAUCACACAGCAAAACUGGUCAAAGAAACGAUUGAGGUAUUUAGUUGGGAAAUACUUUCGCAUGCAGCUUAUUUACCAGACUUGGCUCUGUUCAAUUACUAUUUAUUUGCAUCAAUGGGACACCCACUUGCUGAGCAGUGCUUCACUUAUUACGAAAAUGUACAAAAAUGGCUCAAUGAAUGGGUCACCUCAAAAGAACAACAGUUUUUUUGGCGAAACAUUCUCAAAUUAGCAGACAAAUGGGAAAAAUGUAAAGCUAGCAAUGGAAAAUAUUUUGAAUAAAAUAUUUGUUAUCUACUUCACACAAUAAACAUAUAUUUUCUGUGAAAAUUGCGGUUUCGUAUUUACAGACCUGGUAUAUAGGACAGAAAAAUAUUAGUAUAAAAAUGCUCAAUAACUGGUCUCCUCCAAGGAUCCUGCUUGUACCUUUACUUUUUAAAUUCAUAAUAUGGACCUACCAAGGAUAAAUGAAAGAAAAUGUAAUAAAAUUGUAAUAAUAAAUAAAUACAAAUUUAUGCUGAUGACCUAACCUUAACAUCUCAUACUUUUUGACAGAAUUUUUCACUGGCUGUCAACCUGUUAUAAUUAUAGUAUUUUAUAAAAUUUCAGAUUUUAUUGUUUUCUACAAUGAUUCAAAUAUUGGAUGUAAUUGAAGAAUUUUUGAUAUUCCGACACUAUAAGUAUACCAGAUUAGAUGGUUCCCAUAGAAUUGCAGCUAGAGUAGAAGCAAUUAAAUUGUUCAACAGUGAUCCAGAAUGUUUUAUAAUAUUAGUAUCUACACGUGCAGGAGGACUGGGUUUGAAUUUGACUGCUGCAGAUACUGUCAUUAUAUAUGACAGUGACUGGGUAUGGAUUGUUUUUCAUAAAAUUGUAAAUUUGUAAUUACAAAUUACAAUUAUUAUAUAGAAUACUCACUUUGUCUGUUGUGAUAGUGGGAAAAUACUAUCUACCAACUAUGAGUUAAUUUCUAUUUAUAGGUGAUUUUCUUAAUUUAAACACGUUCCUUAAUAUUUUAAUGAUCAAUAUGAAUGCAAAUACUUUCCAUAGCUUUUAUUUAUUCAAUGUAUUAUUUGAUAUUUUAUUGUAUUGCAUAUAUUUUUAGUGCUACAUUAUUAUUUUAAUCAACUACUACCUAUGUUUCUAAUUUCAAUUUCUUUUGUUCAUGAUGAUCAAUAUCUUAAUGUAGAGUUUUUAUUAUUAUUUUUUUAUAUUACAAAAUAAAAUAUCAGAUUAAUUGUUGACAUGAAUUUUAAAAAAAAAAAUUCCGAAAAUGUUGCAAUUAAUAUCAUAUAUAAUAAAUGAUGAAUAGUGUAGACCAGUGGCGACCAACUACGGCCUGUGAUCAUUUAUUAAUUGGGCCACCAUAGUAUUAAAUCAAAGUUGAAAAAAAGAAUAACUACAAAUUUCAAAAAUUGAUAGUCACAUUAAAACAGUUAACCAAGAAUUAGUUAUUUAUUUUUUAUGGUCCUCUGUAGUAGAAAAAUUGGUGACCACUGGUGUAGAUUACAAAAAUAAUUAUAAUGUAUUAUUUCAGAACCCUCAAUGUGAUUUACAAGCCCAAGAUAGGUGCCAUAGAAUGGGACAGGAAAAACCAGUCGUUGUUUAUCGCCUGUGUACUAAAAAUACUAUUGAUGAAAGAAUAUUAGAUUUUGGGGCCGCAAAGAGAAAACUAGAAAAAUUAAUUGUUGGAAAUGGUAAAAUUAUAUUAUAAUAUUAUACAUUCUAUUUUAAAUACAUAAUUGAUUUAAUGUUGUAGGAGCAUUUAAAAAUAUUAAUAAUAAAAAGAUGACUUUAUCAGAUGCCGAUGAAUUGAUGAGUUUGUUAAAAUCAUCCGAAUAUAACAAAAAAAUACAAUCAAAUGGAUAUAGUAAGUGUUAAAUAUUUUAUUUAACAUAAAGUUAAUAUGUUUAUUUACCCUUAUUAUAAUUGUGGUUUUUAGUUUUUACCGAUAAAGAAUUGGAUGCUUUGUUAGAUAGAUCCGAUAUGAUAAAAUCUGGAUCACAAAAAGAUGUAAACCAGUUACAAUCUGCUGAUCAUUUCAAAGUAUUAUCAAAUUCCUAAAUUCUUGGUUAUCUUUUUAUAUUGUGUUUUUUUUUUUUUAAACAGUACAUUUGUUUUGUUACUAAACUGUUUUAUUUUUCUAAGCUGUGCAUUUUUAUUUUUAUUAUUAUUAAACACUUAUUUUUUGUUUUAAUUCAUAAGCAGAAGUAAAAUAAUUUUGUCUUAACUAUUUGACUAUAUUAUCACAAGGUAUAAAUGUUGAGUUAUAAAGUAAUUAAUAAAUUUCAUUAUUUUAUACAUAUUAUAGGGUGAACCACUAUAAUUUUAUUUUAUUUUUAUUCUUAUUGUAAUGUUAUAUUUGGCUGGGUAAACAAGGUUUCCAUCAAUUUUUGUUUGUAAAAUGAUUUCUAGUGGUCUUAAGUAUUAAAUUUCAAAGAAAAAAAUUCCUUAGUAUUUAAAUUAGUACAAAAAAAUAUAUGUAUAUUUAACACACGCAAUAUUUAAUUUUUAAUAAACGAACCUUUAAAUUCAAUUUUUUACAAGUUACCUAAGCGUAUAUUUUAGAUUCUGAGUGUAGUGAAAAACGUAUUAGUUUUAUUGAGGUUUUUUUUUUAUAUUGUGUACAAAAUUUCUACCAGAAAUCUUGCUCAGACAUCUACAUGCAGCGCCAUUUUUGAAAAGGAAUGUUGUCCAGAUGGUACUUGUUUGAUUUUCCAAGUGGUUUUCAUAAUAUCUGAGAAAAACCAGUAUAAAAUGUAAGAAAAACUGGAAAUUUACAACUAUAAUGAUUUUAUUAUUUUUUAAUCUUGUAAUUUUUUGUAAUUCAGUUAAAAAUAUUCAUAGACUUGAGAUUAGGACAGAAAACUUACAUUUGUUUUUUCUGGACCUGGUAGAAUUUUUAAAACAUGUUUAAGCUAUUUAGACAUUUAAAUUUUGGGAGUUUUGUAUGUAAUUUUUAUUCAGUAGGUACUCUGUGGUAAAAUUGUUUGACUUCAUUAAAAUUUGACAAAAAUCAUUGGGUAAAAAAUUAUGUGG